CUUUUAUUGUCCAUCUCUAAGCGGUCGCACGUGUUUACCAGAGAAUUCGAAUUUACUAGGGAGAAUUUUGGAUUUUUUGAAAAUAAAAAUAAAUAGCAAUGCCACGCUCCAAACGCGAUAAGAAAGUCUCUUUGACCAAGACAGAUCGUAAAGGAUUGGCUUGGAAACAGAGGAUCAUUGAUGACAUACGUUUCUGUGUGGAAAAGUACCCUAAUAUCUUUGUGUUUCAAGUGCAAAAUAUGAGAAAUAACUUGUUGAAAGACUUGAGACAAGAAUGGAAGAAAAAUUCGCGUUUUAUAUUUGGCAAAAAUCGCAUAAUGCAAAUCGGUCUAGGCCGGACAAAGGCGGAGGAAACAGAAACUGAUCUUCAUAAGCUCUCAAAGCGGCUCACCGGACAAGUCGGUCUCCUUUUCACAGAGAAAACCAAGAAGGAGGUAUUGGAGUGGGCAGAAAACUAUUGGGCUGUGGAAUAUGCGCGAAGUGGUUUUGUAGCCACCAAGACAGUUACUUUACCAGCAGGUCCCCUGGAGGAAUUCACCCACUCAAUGGAGCCACAUUUGCGAUCAUUGGGUUUGCCCACAAAACUGGAAAAGGGCGUGGUUACCAUAUACAGUGACUACACAGUAUGUGAAGAAGGCAAAGUGUUAACUCCUGAGCAGGCUAGGAUCUUAAAAUUAUUGGGAGAUCCAAUGGCUAAGUUCCGUUUGACUAUGAAAUGCUCUUGGACAAAGAAAGACGGCUUUGAGUUGCAUGUUGAGGAUUCCGUUGACGAUAAUCAAAGCGACAGCGCCAUGGAAGAAGAGCCAGAGGACGAUGAUGAAAAGGAGGAAAUGGAGGGUGAUGACGAGUAGCUUAAGAUUAGCUUGUAAAUUUAACAUAAAAACCAAAAUAUAGUUGAAUAUAUUUUA